AUGGCAAAUGGACUGCUUGAGCACCCAAAGCAAAAGCAAGACUGGGAGGACGUUGGUGAUCAAUAUUUGAAUGAAUUGAUAUCAAGGUGCCUCACCCAAAUGAACCAAGAUUAUGGCGAUGUGUUUACCUUCAAAAUGCACGAUCUAAUACAUGAUCUUGCAUUAGAAGUGUCCCAAAAAGAGUUUAAAAUAGUGAAUUGCCAAACAAAAACCAUUGACGAAAAUGUUCGACAUUUAUCAUUUUGUGAUGACAAGCAGAUAAACGUUGCUCAAGUUUUUACUAAAUUGAAAAAUGUUCGAACAGUAAUGGUCCAAGAGGUUUCAAAGGAAUCAAAGGCUAUUCAUGAAUCUCUUGUAAGUCUCUGUGUCUCCAAUUUUAAGUACAUACGGGCACUUUGUCUACAGGAUUCACCAUUGGCAACUUUACCGAAUUCCAUUGGUGCCUUAAAACACUUACGAGAACUUGACUUGACCAACUGUUGCAAUAUAAAGAAACUUCCAAGUUCUUUCUAUAAGCUUCGAAGGUUACAAUCAUUAAGAAUGAGGGGUGCUCCUUUGAUGCAAUUGCCUGUGAGCAUGGAAAGCUUGAUUGAGCUUAGAUAUCUAGAAAUAACUAUUAAAGAUAAGAAAUUGAAAGGAAGUCGAUUAAGAAAUUGGACUUCACUUCAAUGCUUGGUGUUGGUUGAUUGUGACAAUUUAGAAUGUCUAUCCAAAAAAAUGAAAUGCCUCACCGGACUUUCGCAUCUAAUACUUUACGGGUGUACGGAGUUGAGUAACAGAUACUAUAUAAAUGGGCGUUUAGAUUGGCAGGAAUGGCUUAAAAACGACUGUUUAAGAGAUGGACUAUUCAAAUAA